AUGCGCGCAGUGGACACCGCGCGUUUCCCCGUGUCUUGUAGCGGGGCUGCCUAUAGAGGAGCUAGACACGCACUUGAACUUCCGCCGCGGGUGGACCUUGGGAUUCGUGGAGGACGUGGAGGACAAGACGCAGAUCUUACCGUUUCUAAGAGCCGCCAUGGAUCCCACCUUGCACAGGAGAACACAGUGAACGUGACGCGGUGGAUGCUAGGGGAGCUGCAGCUGACAGAGGAGGACACAGUGAUGGUAAAGAUGGACAUAGAGGGGGCGGAGUGGGCGGUGCUGCACGAGUGGCUGGCCAUCCCUCACAUGCCCGCCAUCGUGGACGAGCUCUUUGUGGAGGUGCACUACCACCACCCCUCCAUGGAGGGCCUCACGUGGACGGAUAGGUUCAACCACACGCUUGACGACACAAUAUUACUGCUCACUGACCUGAGAAGAGCCAGCUUUUACGUUCAUCCGUGGCCGUAG